AUGGUGGCGGUGGAGAUUCAUCAAUCUCCGGUAGCCCAAAUUGCGCAGAUCAAAGUUUGGAUCGAAGAUAUGGAGUGGAACGAGGAGCUUCAGGCCUUCAUGUACCCGCACCAAUGUAGAGACAUAUUUCAGAUUACCGAAGAAGAUCUGAGACUCUUCGCUUGGUGCCCUAGCUGCUCACUCUACAUCACUGUCGUGUACAAUGUCGAAGACUUUCUCGUCGAGUGCGAUCCGAAGUCGAAGAAGAAUAUCGAGCCGUCAAAGCAACAACCAGUCGCCGUCGAUUGA